GCAAAGUGGCUACUUUUGCAUCAGACACCCUGUAUAUUGCUAUUUCCACAUCGUGUCGCUACGAACAGAGUUACGUUACAUAUUUACUUAAUGAAUUUCAACACUUUUUUUUUAUAAAUAACAAUAGUCGAUGAUUCUGAAUCCUUUUGAGUUGCGACUUCAAAAAUAAUUAAACAGAUUGGAGAUUAACGACUUUGUUCUCUUAUUUCUACAAUAUAUGAAAAAAGCAAGAUUAAAAUCAAAUUUUGAGAAAAAUAUUUAUGUGCGUUGCAACAUCUUUUUACUAUUGUCGUCGUCGUCGUAGUUGUCACCAUCAUCAUUAUUGUUACUAUUAGUGUUAUUAUUAUUGUUGUAUUGUUGCAGAACGAGGCAAUAUGGAAGCGUCAUGAAAGGUAUAAACGGCGACGCGUCCUUCAAUAUUUGUGAGACUGAAAAAAUUAGCAUAGAGCCUCCGUUACAGCAAGUAUUCCAUUACGAGAAGCAAGUACGGAGUUCAAUGAGACAACGAGAUUAAAAAAAAGCAAAAUUCUCAAGGCGGAGUUACUUUUUCGACAGAAUGGUUUUCAGCGCGAUAGUGGUAACGUCGGCCUUGAAGGGUGCUAUCGGCUUGAUGGGCACAGGUUUAUGGCUCGUACCAUUGUUAAUCGCAAGCCUUUCUUACUAUCGUUACGAUCAGUUGGAUCCCGAGAGUCGACCCAUUGAUAAAUACCCUCUUUACUCCGAUUACGAUUUCAUCGUGAUCGGGGGCGGAUCGGCGGGAGCGGUGGUUACCAAUCGACUCUCGGAGAUACCAGACUGGAACGUGCUGUUGCUAGAGGCCGGCCCAGACGAGAACGAGAUUACAGAUGUGCCAUCCUUGGCCGCGUACCUACAGUUAAGCAAGUUGGAUUGGAAGUACAAGACUGAGGCUACAGGUAAGGCUUGCUUGGCUAUGAAGGGCGGCCGUUGCAGUUGGCCCCGAGGUAAGGUUUUGGGUGGAAGCAGCAGCCUUAACUACAUGCUGUAUGUGCGCGGUAAUAAACAAGACUACGAUCAUUGGGAGUCGUUGGGUAAUCCCGGCUGGGGAUACGACCAAGUUCUCCAUUACUUCAAAAAGUCGGAGGACAAUCGGAAUCCAUACUUGCGGAGGAGUCCCUAUCACGCGACUGGCGGUUAUCUAACUAUUCAGGAGUCGCCGUGGAAGACGCCCUUGGUGGUCGCUUUUGUUCAAGCUGGCGUUGAAAUGGGGUACGAAAACAGGGACAUAAAUGGCGAAAGGCAGACGGGGUUUAUGAUAUCGCAAGGAACUAUUCGCAAGGGAAGCAGAUGCUCCACCGCGAAGGCUUUUCUACGGCCCGUGCGAUUACGUAAGAAUAUUCAUAUAGCUAUGAACAGUCACGUGACGAGAAUCGUGAUCGAUCCGUUGACUAUGCGAGCGACAGGCGUCGAGUUCGUGAGGAACGGUCACAGGCAGAUAGCGAAAGCGCGCAAGGAGGUAAUAUUGUCAGCGGGUGCCGUCAACAGCCCUCAAAUUUUGAUGCUCUCGGGAAUCGGACCGAAGGAGCAUCUACAACACGUUGGCGUUCCUAUUGUCAAAGAUCUUCGGGUCGGCGAUAAUCUUCAGGAUCAUAUAGGCAUGGGUGGUCUGACAUUCUUGAUCGAUAAGCCAGUCGCCAUAGUUCAGGAUCGCUUUCAACCCGUCCCGAUGAUGAUGCACUACGUGGUGAACGGCAGAGGCCCCAUGACGACUUUGGGUGGCGUUGAAGGUUACGCCUUCGUAAAUACUAAGUAUGCCAAUCACUCUGCCGAUUAUCCGGAUGUGCAGUUCCACAUGGCGCCAGCCUCCAUUAAUUCCGACGGGGGGGCGCAAGUUCGGAAAGUUUUAGGGCUGACGGACCAAGUGUACAACACCGUCUUUCGGCCGAUUAACAAUCGAGAUUCCUGGACCGUGAUGCCUCUUUUGCUGAGGCCCAAGUCUCGCGGCACUAUACGCUUGAGGAGCUCCAAUCCUUUUCACAGCCCUAUCAUAAACGCGAAUUACUUUUCCGAUCCCAUGGACAUUGCCGUCCUGGUGGAGGGUGCGAAAAUUGCGAUGAAAGUCAACGAGGCGAAAGCUUUUAAACAAUUUGGCUCAAGAGUUUAUCGCGUCAAGUUGCCGGGAUGCAGGCACCUCAAAUUCGGCACCGACGCCUACUGGGAGUGUCAGAUACGACACAUCUCCAUGACAAUCUACCACCCCGUAGGCACCGCCAAGAUGGGGCCGUACAGCGAUCCUACCGCAGUAGUGGAUCCGAGAUUACGGGUUCAUGGUAUCGCAGGUCUUCGAGUUGUCGACGCGUCCAUUAUGCCAACGAUAAGCAGCGGCAACACAAACGCUCCUGUCAUCAUGAUCGGCGAGAAGGGCGCUGAUCUUAUUAAGCAAGAUUGGUCGGUGCUACCAUCAUCGGCGGUUCAUUGAAAGCAAGUAUGACAAACGCGAGGUCAAAGGGGACUGAGAAAAAAGCGCGUUGGGUGCAACCGAAAUGUAUUAUGUAAUAGCAAAGACUUGUUUCCAUUACGCGUAGAAGCGAUUAUUAUUUCUAAAACGAGAAAGAGAAGGAGAACAAGUUGAAAGAUAUUCAGAAAUACUUCAAGCUGUGUAAUAUAUUAUCUACGUGAGACAUGUUGCAAAUAAUGUGUCUAAUCGGCCGAACCGAACCAAACCCCGAUCGUUAACCGAUUGACUCGACCAAUAACAAUUUUCUCUCUCAACUUUGCACACGUCUGUCAACAUAAAUAACUUUUCAUUAUUCCAUGCGUAAAUUAUUAUAUGCAAUGUGCAAUAAAAGCUAGCAAUGUACGUGUAUAAAGAUAACAUACGCUGAGAUAGAGCCAGGAAGCUCACGGUAUACUUGAUAAAUUGGAUAUUUAUACCAGAAAUGCACAUAAUCCGAGAUUUUAUCAUUUAUUCGUAAAUCCAUUUCAUAUAACAACAGGAAUAAUUCUCGCAAUUUUAGAAAAACUUAAUGCGAGAAUGUUGUAGGAAACAUAGAUCGAUCCGGCGAGUUUUACAUUAGUAAUAAAAACUAGUCCAGUUAAGAAUUAAGAGUCACGAGAUUAAACAUAAAGAUCAUUAAAUACGUCGUGUAAGUUUCUCAGGUAUAGCAAUAUUGUAAAGUUUCUCAAUUUUCUCAUGUGCCAUACGACGAGUCUAGCGUUUUCUAGCAUUGAAUAAGUUAACGUGUAAGUUUCAUUACCUAAACGCAUGUAUCAAUGUACUUCCAUAAUAUUAUAUUACGCAAGAAUAAAAUAACUGAUGAUGUUCUUUGUUCGUGAUUUUUUGAGUGAGAUUAUAAUUUGCUACCUGUUAUUUUGUUGCCUACUAUUAAAUAGUCAAAACUGCAUUAAUCUAGCUAGAGAUUAAUUGAGCGAGUACAAAAAAAUUCUUAAGAAUUGCGUUUCUCGUUGUACAUUGUACGAUUGUAAAAUAAAUAAUGUUACUGUAGAAAAGAAAUAAAGUUCUCUUCUUCUAUUCUUAUUGUGAUCCUCUCCUUUCUCGAACGUUACGAUCAAACGUUUCUUGACGUCUAUAAUAAAAAUUUUUAUUGCCUUAGUCCCGAUUUUAUUGCUCCAGCCGUUUAGCAAAAAAUCACUUUUAUGCUACCUUUCGAAAAAGUUAGAAUACCUAUUACAAAAAAAUAAUAAUAUGAAAAAAACACUUAUACUA